CUACUUUUACUCUACUCGGUAAUAAUAAUUAUUAUUGCUGACUACUUUUCCUCUCGAGUUUUUUCAAGUAACGACAAAAUAAAAAAAAAAAAAAUGACAAAUUAAAUGACUUUUAUAACAAAAACAAAUUUUCAAAAUAAGAAAUACGAAAACGUCUGUUAAAUACAAGAGGGGGAAAUUUUCUACUAGCAAAAAUGUCAAAUGAAGAAAAUAAAUUAAUUGAAAAUAGCAACGAACAAGAUGAUGCGAAUGAAAAUAAUGAAAAUGUCAUCGAUGAAAGUGUCAAAGAAAAAUCAUUAGAAAUAUUGCCAGAUAAUUUUACUAAUAAACCAUCAGAAAUAUUGUCCAAUAAUUCUCAGGAUGGAUCUACAGAAAAAUCCUCGGAAGAAUCCUUAGAAUUAAUUCUAAAAGUAACACCAUCUUCAUCAGAAGAUUCUCCAAAAGAAUCUACAAAAGAAUUUCCAAUAGAAUCUACAGAAGAAUCUACAAUAAAAUCUACAAAAGAAUCUCCAAUAGAAUCUCCAAAAGGAACUCCAGAGGAUUCAACGGACGAAGAUUAUGAAAAUGAAUACGAUACCACGGAAAGUAAGGUCAUCGUACGAAAGACAAAUAAAAAUAAACAAUUAAAGAGAUUAACAACACCAUUUAAUACACAAUUAAUGGAGGAAAAUGCGAUAUUUCAAGCAAUAUUAUCCGACAAUUAUAAUUUAGUUAAAGUAUUAUUGGAAGAUGGUAAUAUAUCAGCGAAUAUUAUUUGGCGUGGAACAGGUGAAACUGCAUUACAUACAUCAAUAAAAAAAGAUAAUAUCGAAAUAUUUCAUCUUUUAAUAAAACAUGGCGCUGAUAUUAAUGCAUGUAUAUCGCAAGGUAAAAAUUGUCUCUAUUUUGCAUCGGGUAAAAAUAAUUAUGAAAUGGUUGAAUAUAUGUGUAAAAUUUAUCAAAAAAAUGCUGGACCAAAUAAUAAAUGGAAAGAAGGAUACGCGGGAUUAUUUGCCGCAUCAGCAAUGGGUAAUGAACGUAUUGUUAAUUUAUUAAUUUCAUCGGGGGUUGAUUUAAAAGCAAGAACAUAUGGUUUUUUAACACCACUUCAUGUUUCUGUUGAGCGUGGUUAUUUGAAAAUUGCUGAAAUUUUAUUACAAAGAGGUUUUGAUGUUAAUGAAACAACUGCCGAGGGUUAUACAGUAUUACAUUAUGCAGUUAAAAGAGAAUCAAUUGUUCUUAUUAAAAUGUUAUUGGACGCUGGCGCUGACAUGACAAUUAAAUCAUUAAAAAAUGAAAGUUCUUUCUUUCUUGCUAUUCAUACGGGAAAUUUGGAAAUUGUCAAAACUUUUAUUGACUAUGGAGCAAAUGUUAAUAAGCAAAUAAAAUUUGCCAACAAUAUGGAAAAUUACGAUAAUCUAAUGGAGGAAUUAUACACGUCAAUACAUUUAAAUGAUUUGAAUAAUGUGAAAAAAAUAUCACAUUAUUUAUUUAAUUCAGAAAAUUGGUUUCCAAAUUAUGAAAUGCUUUCAAUUGCCUUUUUACAUAAACACAUUGAUAUUGUGAAUUUUUUUCUAACUCUAAAUUGUCAAAUAAAUGGUAAUAAUGAAAAAAAUUAUCGUGGAAAUUCAUCACUUCAUUCGGCAAUUUUAUAUGGCGAUUCAUCAUUAGUGAAAUGUUUAUUGGAUAAAGGUGCUUCAUUAACUAUUCGCAAUAAAGAUGGUUUUUUACCUCAACAUUUAGUUGUAUAUCGAAAUUCAAUUAUUUCCAAAACUUCACAAACAUCAUAUGAAUUUAAUAUGGAGACAAGAAAAAUUAUAAAUCUAUUACUUCAAUAUAAUAUUUGUAUUGAUGAUGUUGUGAAUUCUUAUGCAAAAUAUGGUUACACUUCACUUCAUUUGGCAGCUGAAUGUGCAAAUAUAAAUAUUAUACCAAUUUUAUUGCAGGCAAAUGCAAAUUUUCAUGCGACAACAGAAAUUGGCCAAACACCACUUCAUAUUGCGGCAAUUAAUGGAAAUUGUGAAAUAGUUGAUUAUUUAUUGAAAAAAGGUGUAUUGGCAUUUAUAAAAGAUCGUCGUGGUAAAACGCCACUUUGUUGGGCAAUUAUAAUGGAACACAAUGUUAUUAUUAAAAUGCUUGUGAAUCAUAAAGUGAAUUUAAAGAAACAAAAAAAAUAUAUUGCCACAUUAAAAGAUGAUUAUUCAUCAAUAUUAACAGCAGUGAAAAUGAAUAAUUCCGAAUUGGUUAAUUAUCUUUUGAGUAAAGGAGCAAAUGUUAAUGUUUCAUGGAAAAAUGGUUCAACUCCAUUACAUAUUGCUGUGGAAAAUUCAUCGGAAGAUAUUAUAAAAAUUCUCCUCAAUUAUGGAGCCGAUGCAAAUGCAAUUGACAACAACCGAAAAACACCACUUUAUAUUGCUGUCGAAAGGGAAUUAUUCGAUAUUGUGAAAUUUCUUCUAAAUUCCAUUCCAUCUAUUACAAUGACAAUUUAUUUUCCCUCUAUUGAUGGUAUAACGCCACUUCAUUUGGCAGUGAAGAAAGGAAAUGAAGAAAUAACCAAAUUAUUACUAAAUUGUGGAAAAAUAUUUUUUAAUCCCCAAUGUGAGGAAUCACCACUUCAUAUUGCCGUUAAAGAAAAUCAAAAAAAUAUUCUUAAAAUUCUACUUAAUUCAUUUUCUGAUAUGAGAAAUUCAUUUGGAAAAACUGCUUUGGAAAUGGCGAUUGAAAAUGGAAUUGUUGAUAUAGUAGAAGAAUUUUGUGAUUUUUAUUUAAAGGAAAAUAAUUGGAAUGAAAUAAGUUAUCAAGCACUUUGUGUUGCUUCAUUAAAUGGUCGGGAAAAUAUUGUUAAAUUUCUACUCAAUAAAGGUGUUGAUUUUGAUAAAAAAUUUGAUAAUUAUCAAAUACCAUUGAUUGCAGCUGCUGAUAAAGGAUAUAUUAAUAUUGUUCAAUUAUUAAUUGAUAAAGUUGAUGUUAAUGAAAUUUCAAAUAAUGGAAAAACUGCUCUACAUUAUGCGGUUGAAAAUCAAUAUUUAAAUAUUGUUGAAUUUCUUAUUGUGAAUGGAGGAAAUAUUAAUCAAAAAGCAUUAGGAUUAACGCCUCUACAUUGUGCAGUUUAUGUUGGAAAUUUGGAAAUUGUUAAAUUACUUUUGAAAAAUGGUGCCGAUGUAAAUGCAAAAAAUUUAAGUGACGCUACACCAUUAAUUAUAGCGGUACAAAAAAAUUACAGUGAAAUUUUACAAUGUUUAAUUGAUAAUGGUGCCGAUGUUUAUGUACAGGAUUACGAUAGUAGCAUUAAAUCGUUUAAUUUUAUUAGCGAUUGUAUUUAUAAUUUUAAUUCAAUAAAAAGUGUAAGACCACUACUUGUUGCAGUUGACAAUGGAAAUCAAGAAAUUGUAACAAUUCUUUUGGAAAGUGGUUGCUAUCCGGAUGUGGUUGGUGAAAAAGUAUCACCACUUCAUCUUGCAUCGGCUAAUGGAAAUUUGCCAAUUGUUAAAUUAUUAAUUGAAUUUGGUGCCGAUUUAGAAUGGAUUUGUGAUGAAAAAUAUACACCACUUACACAUGCAAUUGCCCGUGGACAGACAAAAACAUUUUUACAUUUAUUUAGUACGGGUAAAAAUUUUCAAGAUAAUGAAAAUAAUUCACAAUUACAUAUUUCAUUGAAUUGUCCAAAUAAAGAUAAACAAGUUGUUGGUGUUCUUUUGGAUUUUGGCGCAAAUGUUAAUGCAAGAAAUCGUGAAUAUAAAAUACCUCUACAUUGUGCAAUAUCAAGUGAAAAUGGUAAUGAAGAAGUGGAAUUAUUUCAAUUACUUCUCGAUUAUGGAUCAGAUACAAAUGCAACUGAUUUUAAUGGUAACAAUGCAUUACAUUUAGCAGUUGAAAAAUGUGAUUUUCCAGCAACAAAAGUUUUUCUCGAUUAUAAAAUAAAUAUCAAUAGUUUAAAUUACGAUGGAUAUACGCCUCUAAAUAAUUUACUAAAAUUUAUUAAAGACGAAUUAAAUUUAUACACUUAUAAAUUGGAUUCACAAAUUUCGCCUGCCAUUCGAAUUGGAAAAUUAUUUGUCACAUUAAUUGCAUUUAAAGAAUCAAUUAAUGAAACUGUCAACAAUGAAAAUUUAACAAUUGUAAAAAGCGAGAAAUUAAAUUCAUUUUAUCAAAAAUGUAAAUUGGAAUUAAUUGAAAUGAAAAUGCAAAAAAUUGAUAAAUUGUCGUAUUAUGAUAUUUUGACGGAAAAAUAUUCCAAACUCUUUAUUUAUUUGAGAAAUGAAAAAAUUGUUAAAAUAUUAAAAUUUGAAAAUUUAAAAAAAUUAUUUCCAUGCUAUGUGAAUAUGAUUAUAAAUCAUGUGGAAAAAAUUAAAGAAAACCAUUGUUUACUCGAAACAAGUGAAGAAUAUUUUCAAAAAUUAUUCAAAUAUAAAUUACCUUCACUUGUAACGUAUGAAAUUUUCAAAUAUUUAAAUACAUCCGAUAUGAAAAAUAUCUAUAGAGCAUUAUAUCAUCGACGACAAUUAAUAAUGAAACAAUUUCAAAAAAAUUAAGCUCACAAUCAAAGCAAAAAAAAUGGCUGUUACAAAAUAUUGUAUAUUAAUUAAUUUAAUUAAUUAAUAUUUUCAUUAAUAAUUAAUUAAAUUAGUGUAUAUAUAUAAAAAAAUAUUUUUAUAAAAUUAAAUCAUAAAUUUUCUAAUUGCAAAUAUGAACAAAAAUUGAAUUAUAACUAUAGCAAUGAAUUAAUUGUAAAGAAAUUAAUUAAAUAAUUAUUUGCAUCGUUUUUUUUUUUUUUUUGAAAAAGAAAUUUUAUUUUACUGUUCAAUUAAAUGUUAAAACUUUUCAAUUGUAUAACUUCGUUAUUAUUUCAAAAGAAAUAGAAUAUAAAUAUAAUUACUUCUAUUGAA